GCGUCCUUCUGGUGCUUGAAGCGAUGACCAUGGCAGCAAAUCUCGCGCGACGGCUGAUCGGAAACCGAUCGACUCAGAUCCUUGGUGCUGUGAACUCUAGCUCAGGUGCGGCUACUUCCGUCGCUAGGGCUUUCUGCUCAUCCACCACUCCGAUCACCGCAACUCUCUUCCCUGGUGAUGGGAUCGGUCCCGAGAUCGCCGAAUCUGUCAAAAAGGUGUUUACAACUGCUGGUGUGCCAAUUGAGUGGGAAGAACACUAUGUUGGGACUGAGAUAGAUCCGAGAACACAGAGUUUCUUGACAUGGGAAAGUCUCGAAUCUGUGCGUAGAAACAAAGUUGGUUUGAAAGGUCCAAUGGCUACUCCAAUUGGGAAAGGUCACCGUUCUUUGAACCUGACUCUUAGGAAAGAGCUGAAUCUAUAUGCCAAUGUUAGACCUUGUUACAGUCUUCCUGGUUACAAAACUCGUUACGAUGAUGUUGAUCUCAUUACCAUCAGAGAAAACACGGAAGGAGAAUACAGUGGCCUUGAACAUCAGGUUGUUAGAGGUGUGGUGGAAAGUCUUAAAAUCAUUACCCGUCAGGCGAGUUUGAGAGUUGCAGAGUAUGCUUUUCUCUAUGCCAAGACUCAUGGAAGAGAGAGAGUUUCUGCUAUCCACAAAGCCAACAUUAUGCAGAAAACUGACGGUCUUUUCCUUAAGUGUUGUCGCGAGGUUGCUGAGAAAUAUCCUGAGAUAACUUACGAGGAGGUUGUUAUUGACAACUGUUGUAUGAUGCUUGUGAAAAACCCAGCACUUUUUGAUGUCUUGGUGAUGCCAAACCUCUACGGUGACAUCAUCAGCGACCUGUGUGCCGGAUUGGUUGGAGGACUAGGGUUGACUCCAAGUUGUAAUAUCGGAGAAGAUGGUGUAGCCCUUGCUGAGGCAGUUCACGGUUCUGCACCUGAUAUUGCUGGAAAGAACUUGGCGAACCCAACCGCUCUGCUUCUGAGUGGAGUGAUGAUGUUACGUCAUCUGAAGCUCAACGAACAAGCAGAACAAAUCCACAGUGCAAUCAUCAACACCAUAGCGGAGGGAAAAUACAGAACCGCAGAUCUUGGAGACGCUUCACUCAGCAGCACUAAACUUGCCUCCAAACCAAUCCCAGAUCUGAAUCUAAACCUAAACCUCUCAAAAUCUCUUCUCAUCAUCAUCAUCAUCAUGGCUUCUUCUUCUAACUACGAUGGAAUCCUUCUCGGUAUGGGUAACCCACUCCUCGAUAUCUCUGCCGUCGUCGACGACGAAUUUCUCACCAAGUACGACAUCAAGUUGAACAAUGCGAUUCUCGCGGAAGACAAACAUUUGCCUAUGUAUGAUGAGAUGAGUAGCAAGUUCAAUGUUGAAUACAUUGCCGGAGGUGCUACUCAGAACUCAAUCAAAGUGGCUCAGUGGAUGCUUCAAAUUCCUGGGGCAACCAGUUACAUGGGAUCCAUUGGAAAGGACAAAUAUGGAGAGGCCAUGAAGAAGGAUGCUACUGCAGCUGGUGUCAAUGUUCACUAUUAUGAAGAUGAGUCGGCACCUACUGGAACUUGCGGUGUCUGUGUUGUUGGUGGAGAAAGGUCUCUUAUUGCAAAUCUUUCAGCUGCAAACUGCUACAAGGUUGAUCACCUUAAGAAGCCUGAAAACUGGGCAUUGGUUGAGAAGGCCAAGUUCUACUACAUUGCUGGAUUCUUCCUCACGGUAUCGCCUGAAUCCAUUCAGUUGGUAUCUGAGCAUGCUGCUGCAAACAACAAGGUGUUCACAAUGAACCUUUCUGCUCCAUUCAUCUGUGAAUUCUUCAAAGAUGUGCAGGAGAAGUUCUUGCCGUACAUGGACUUUGUUUUCGGCAAUGAGACAGAGGCAAGAACCUUCUCUAGGGUUCAUGGCUGGGAGACUGAAGAUGUCGAACAAAUAGCCAUCAAGAUUUCACAGCUUCCCAAGGCCACAGGAACAUACAAGAGGACCACUGUGAUUACACAGGGCGCAGAUCCAGUGGUUGUUGCUGAAGAUGGAAAGGUGAAGAAAUAUCCAGUCAUCCCUCUCCCAAAGGAGAAGCUAGUUGACACCAAUGGUGCAGGUGAUGCAUUUGUGGGAGGAUUCAUGUCACAGUUGGUGAAAGAGAAAUCGAUUGAGGAAUGCGUGAAGGCUGGAUGCUAUGCGUCGAACGUGGUGAUCCAAAGAUCUGGCUGCACUUACCCUGAGAAGCCCGACUUUAACUAAACGAUUGAGUCAUCCUCAGUUUUGUGAUAUCUUCCAAAUAAAACAACCUUUGAUUC